AUGCCUUGUGAAGGGCGUGAAUGCAUUUCUAUACAUAUCGGACAAGCAGGAGCCCAAAUCGGAAAUGCAUGUUGGGAAUUGUAUUGCUUAGAGCACAAUAUUGGAAAAGAUGGAAAAAUUGCAAGUGAAGGAAACGAAUCCGGAAUUCAGAAUCAAAAACCGGAAAAUCAGUCAAUUACAACAUUCUUCUCGGAAUCAUCCGGUGGCAAAUAUGUUCCUCGCGCUAUUUAUAUUGAUUUAGAGCCAACUGUACUAGAUGAAAUCCGUUGUGGCCCAUUUAAGCAACUUUUCCAUCCAGAACAAUUAAUUAGUGGCAAAGAAGAUGCGGCCAAUAAUUAUGCGCGUGGCCAUUAUACAAUCGGUAAAGAGCAUAUCGAUGUGGUAUUGGAAAAAAUUCGAAAACAGACGGAACAAUGCAUGGGAUUACAAGGUUUCUUGGUGUUUCAUAGUUUUGGUGGUGGUACCGGAUCCGGAUUUUCAUCGCUGUUAAUGGAGCGACUUUCCGUUGAAUAUGGUAAAAAAUCAAAACUUGAAUUUAGCAUCUAUCCAGCACCUCAGGUAUCGACAGCUGUUGUCGAACCAUACAACUCAAUUUUAACCACUCAUACAACAUUAGAACAUUCAGAUUGUUCAUUUAUGGUUGACAAUGAAGCUAUUUAUGAUAUUUGUCGUCGAAAUCUCGACAUUGAAAGGCCAUCAUAUGUUAAUUUAAAUCGGCUUAUUGCACAAAUUGUAUCAUCAAUUACCGCAUCGUUACGUUUCGAUGGUGCAUUAAAUGUUGAUUUGACCGAAUUUCAGACCAAUUUGGUACCAUAUCCAAGGAUACAUUUUCCCUUAGCAACAUAUGCGCCUGUGAUAUCAUCCGAGAAAGCUUAUCACGAGCAGCUUAGUGUAGCUGAUAUUACAACAGCAUGCUUUGAACCGCAUAAUCAAAUGGUAAAAUGCGAUCCAAGACAUGGAAAAUAUAUGGCGGUAUGUUUGCUAUAUCGCGGUGAUGUCGUACCGAAAGAUGUAAAUGCUGCAAUUUCAAUGGUUAAAACAAAACGUGGUAUUCAAUUUGUUGAUUGGUGUCCGACAGGAUUCAAAGUUGGUAUAAAUUAUCAACCGCCCACUGUUGUUCAUGGUGGCGAUUUAGCAAAG